AUGAAGGAAAACAAUCUAGGUGACUCUCUGGAGUCCUUACGAGGUCUGAUCAAUAUCUCGAUCGAUAUAGUUAAGGAAGACCUAAUUACCCACCACGAUUCUCCUCUUAACCUUGCUUCAUCACGACGCCAUCCCUUGCGAGAUAGAUACGACGAAAAGGUAGCUCAAGCCUUGAAACGCAUAUCUAGCGCUGGUGUAAUGUUGAGAGCUCUCUGCGAUCCGGAAGCUUGGAUACAUGACAUCAUGUUCAAUUUCUCCGACCUUACUGCCCUAUUUGUGACUUGUCAGGCAGACGUCGCCAACUUACUCAACAAUCAAGCCCUCGAUGCUACCGCAAUUGCUGAAAAGACCGGCAUCGAAGCUGACAAAAUCUCAAGACAUCUGCGAGCACUAUGUAACAUGCAUAUUUUCCGAGAAGUAGCACCCAAUGUCUAUGAAAAUAACGAACUUUCGUUGCUCUUCCAGUCAGAGUCAAGAAGAGCCCUUGUAGGUCUGUGUGCGGAAGAAAGUCGACUGGCCUCGUGCCAAAUGUGGGAAGCGCUCAAUAGGCCAGACUUUAGGGACACCGAAGCCGUCAACAAGGCUGCCUUUAACAUCGCGUACGAGACAGACCUCAAUAUAUUUCAGUAUUGGGAGCAGGUACGCCCGGACCUUGGCAAGCGAGGGGCUUGCGCGUUUGCUGGUAAAGGGCUCAACGAAGCCCAAUAUUUAGCUUUGUAUCCUUGGGCAGAAGAGCCAGAUCACACACUGGUGGUCGAUGUCGGUGGUGGUGUCGGUGGCGCUACUCUGCCAAUUGUGAGCAAGUUUCAAAAUUUAACGUUACUAGUGCAAGACCUUCCUGAGAAUAAGGAAAAGUUUUGGGCGUUUCUUAAGAAGGACUAUCCCCGCGUCUUGGAAUCCAAUCGAGCAAGUUUCCAAGCGCAAAACUUCUUUGAAGUGAAUACCACCAAAAAUGCGCCUAUAUAUUUUCUUCGUCAUGUUCUACACGACUGGCCGGAUGCUGAGGCAACCAAGCUGCUAAAAAACCUCGCAGCGGUGAUGUCAGCAAGGAGCAAGAUUUUAAUUUGCGAGCAUAUCGUCCUUCCUACGUACAGAAGCAACUCCGCACCAGACGAUACUGAGCCGGAACCUUUCAUAGCCCCUGAGCCACUUUUACCUAACUGGGGAGCUAGCUUUACGAGUAGAUUGGAUCUUCACGUUUUAUCUUGUAUAAACUCUAAACAGCGGACAGAAGACGAUUUCAAGAAUUUGGCUGCCAGGGCUGGUCUUACGGUAGCUUUUAUGUGGAGAAAUGUGGGAGACGAAGUGAUUGUUGAAUGCCGUCUACACUGA